UAGUCUGCGCACGACGCGCGUCGUGUUUUUUUCGUUCUGUUUGUCGUUCUUUCCUCUUUCUCGUCAGUCUCUCUUUUCUUCAUAUCAUCGUCUACAUCGCAUUAUUCGCGCUUGCAAGCGACAUCACUCGCGUCGCAACGUGUCUUUAUGGAAGUUGAAACACUACGCGUAACGAUGUGAGGCGCGCUGAUCGUUAUGGAAUCGAUAUUUCGCGCCAUACUGUGAACUAUCGGAUCUCAAAGCUUGUUGAUUUAAAUAGAUAGUGAUUUGCCGAUAAACAUUUCAGAACUCGGUCGUAUCGCAUCGUUCUUGACAUGUGACACGCACUGGAUUAUAAAACUGAACUGUGCCGAACGGUUUUUUAUCUGAAAUAAGAGUGCAAGAGAGGUCUUAUUUUUAGGAAAGGGUGAUAUGAUAUGUCGAGUGACCCACGAAUAUAUCAAAACAAUUUUGUAUUUUUUGAAACAUUGCAAAGAGGAGCUUUAUUAUCAUUCCGGAUCGCCGGACAAUCUCGGGCGCACGAGUGAAAACGAGGAAUUUGUGAUUUGUGAACGACUUUUCUGUCUGUCGUGGCCGCGGAAGAGACUGUGAGUUUUAGAGGGGCCUGAUGGCACCCGAUUUAGAGAAGAGGCGCCAGGAAUCAAGGAGAGGCAGCGGUGCAACCUUGGAACAUGUCAACGAUCAUCUGGGCAUGCUCUUGCAGUACAGAUGUGUAGGCAGUAAGCCGACAGAGCUCUAUAUUCAUGGUAACAAUGCAGGUGGUACGUCGUCAACGGUGACAGCAUCGUCCGUCUCGAGGAGCGCCACAACCCCAAGUAAUCGUACUCAUCCCGUAACCAGAAGAAUAGUCAAUCAGCAGCAGCAACAGCAACAGCAGCAGCAGCAGCAGCAACAACAACAACAACAACAACAACAACAACAACAACAGCAGCAACAACAAAAGCAACCCAGAUUACCAUUAUCGUCCUUUGCCGGCGUCGCCGUGAGGAGCUCGGAUGAUCACGGAUCCAGAACCGGCACGACGCAGGACGACAACUCAAACGAUUCCGGUCUUGGCUCCGAGGAGCGCCAGCAGCACGUCAAUCCUUGGAACGGUGCCAACGAGGAAGACUCGAAGAGAAGGAAGAUGGACAUCAAAUUGGAAUCCGAGGAUGCAAACUUCGCAUUCCCGGAAGUCGCUCCCGGCACCAGUCCCGACAACAAAUCUCUGACGGCUACCAGAACCACCGUCAACGGGAUCAGUCUGGGCGGUAUAGCCGGCAGCAGAGCCGGCAACGGGAUCGGCAAUUCCGUCAGCAGAGUCGUAGGGGUGACUAGACCUCGACCGGCCAUGGGCGUGCUAGCCAAACGGACGUCGACCAGUCAUCAGGGACCUGUCACACUCAGCUCGCAACUAUCCAACGUUUCCGCCGACGGCAAGGCGCAACUGCAGAUCGUCUGCCAGCCCGAGCAACAGCAUCGCGCUCGUUAUCAGACCGAGGGCUCGCGGGGCGCGGUGAAAGACCGCAGCGGAAACGGCUUUCCCAUCGUGCGGCUGAUCGGCUACGAUAAACCGACGAGCCUGCAGGUGUUCAUCGGCACCGACAUGGGCCGCGUUCUGCCCCACAUGUUCUACCAGGCGUGCCGCGUGAGCGGCAAGAACUCCACGCCGUGCGUGGAGCGCAAGAUCGACGGCACGAUCGUGAUCGAGAUCGACGUGGAGCCCGCCAAGGACAUCACGUGCGACUGCGUCGGCAUCUUGAAGGAGCGCAAUGUCGAUGUCGAGCACAGAUUUCCGCAGGAAGCGGGACAGCUUCAGGGUCGAAGCAAGAAGAAGUCCACGCGAUGCCGCAUGAUCUUUCGCACGACCAUCACGCACGCCGACGGCACCACGGAGACCCUGCAGGUCUGCUCGCAGCCGAUAGUCUGCACUCAACCGCCUGGAAUUCCGGAAAUAUGCAAGAAAUCUCUAACGUCCUGCCCGUGCACCGGCGGGUUGGAGCUCAUCAUACUAGGCAAGAACUUUCUGAAGGACACCCACGUGGUCUUUCAGCUGGACAGCGAAGACCAGUCGACCAUUCUCGAACCGCAUUGGGAACGCAACGUAAUACCGGACAAGGAGUAUCUGCACCCGACGCAUCUGGUGUGCGUGGUGCCGGCUUAUCGCAGACAAGAUCUAGCGUCCACGGAGACGGUCAGUGUGAAGCUGUACGCGGUGUCGUCCGGGAAAACCAGCGAGCCGCACACUUUUCUUUACACAGCCGCGUCCACGCCGCCGCAGCCGUCCGUGGGCAAAGUCGAGCCUAUCACGCCCCCGUUGACGAAUGGCGACGCGGCUCUAGUUACGUCCUCCGCUGCAGUGCCACUCGCCACGGGUGUGGUGACUAACACUCUGAUAUCGCAAGCAGCUGCGGGUUCAGCAAGUUUCUUGACGAAUCCUCCCACUCAGGCGCAACAGACCGCUUCUUCGGAGACUUUGAAGAGCGAUCCCAGUCCACCGCCGACGGCAACCUCCCAAGUGACACCCGUGAUGAUGUGGACCACACAGUCCUCCAACUGCCAUCCGAAUUCGCCGCCCGAUGUUAUGAUGCCGCCACCGGCGCUCGUGACGAACCCUCUAAUGAAUCGCCGAUCUUCGUCGAGCCUUCAGUUGAUCCUGCCGGAUAACUUGAAGACGGAAGUACUGGACGAGAACAGCGAGAACAGCAUGCUGAGCGAAAACAGCAUGCAGAGCAUCCCGACGCCGACGGCCUCUGCGAACGGACCGGCAUCGGGCACAUCCCCCCUCCAACAGCUGGUGAACGAGAACUCUAGAGAGGCCGCGUCUUCUCAAGCCGACAUCAUGAGAACCGUCGCCGCCGCGACAGCCGGCACCAGCCCCGUGCGAGAGGUGGCGGUGAGCGGUCUUCUCGGAGUCGUGGAUCUAAUGCGCAAUCAGCAUCCCCUGUCGAUGGUGAACACGCAUCAUUCGACUUCGUUUGCAGGCAUGCACGAAUCGGCCCAGGUUCAAGUUCUGAGUCCUCAUCAUCUCAAGGACACUAGCAGUGUUCUGCCGACGGAAAACAGUUCCAAUGGAGCCGCCCUUCAGGGCGCCGGUGUGGUGGACCUUCGCAUGAAACACCACCACCAUCAGCCCGACUUUGGCACGCUAUCGAGUUUCACCGGCGCUUCCGGAUCUCAAUCAAUGUCAGCGCCGAGCAGUCACGUAGUGGAGAAGUACCUGAAUCAUAUAGAAUCCUCGGUGGCCACUAACGAGGAGCCCGAUAGCCCGGAGAACGAAUUCGCCAUUCAGCAACGGACUUCCAUUAUCUCGGCAGGCGGCCAGCAGUCGGCGACCUCUCCUGGAAUUCUGUCCAACGCAGAGCAAACUUUAGUGAAACUUGACGCCUUAGUAAAUUCCGCGGCUGAGCAGAUGGUCUCCCCGUUGCGUACGGUGAAUCAGAAUUCCGCUGCAUUGUUAGCAGAGCACGAGGCGAUCGGCAGCGGCCAGCAGACCAGGACCAGUCCGCCGAUACCAGUGAAGACGAUGCUGCUGGAGGCGCUAAUUCCUGCGCAGAAUGUGCAGCCGCUGGCGACAGCCGCGGGCGCAGCGUCGGUAUCGUCCGCGACGACAGUGGAACAGACGGGAGAGAGUCUACUGACUACUAUCAAUGCAGCUCUGCAGUUGCCGGAAGCGCAGGUCAACGCGGCGACCACCACGUCGAACGCUACGAUUUUUCCCUCUGAUCUUCAGGUUGCUGCUAACGCGGCAGGCGCGGCGGAGCACAUGCAGCAGCAAAUUCAGGCGCUCACACAGCAAGAUGUGGUCGCGAUGCAGCAGCAGGUACAGCAGGUGGAGCAAGUGGUGGCACAGGCACAGCAGCAAGUCGAGCAAGUCGUUGCGCAAGCGCAGCAACAGGCGGUUCAAGCGGUGCAACAGGCCCAGCAACAAGUGGUCCAGCAAGUGGUGCAACACGCCCAAGUAGUACAGCAAGCCGUGCAGCAAGUGCAGGCCGUACAGCAGGCGCAGCAGGUACACGUGAGCAUGCAGCGAGCGGUCCAGGCGACUGAGGUGGUGGUGCAACAAGCGGUGCAACAAGCGACGCAAGAAGUGGUGCAACAGGUCCAAGCUGUGCAGCAAGCUGUGCAGCAGGCACAAGCAGCUCAAGCCAUGCAGCAGGCGGUUCAGCAAGACAUCGGCUCCAUGCUAAACCAGCCCGCGGGCUUCGUAGCCGAAGCUAGUUCCGCCUUGGCCAGCGGAGCUGCUCAGGAACCGUCGCAGCAGCGUCUGACAAACGCGGCCGAGCAGGCGAUUAACAACGUCAUCACCAACGCCACAAAGGACAUCAUCAACAAUCGACCGAUCACGACGACCACCGCUCACGCGAUUAUCGCCACGAAGAACAUCCUGAAUAGUGUGGCGACUCAGAGCGCGCAAUUGAUGAACAAUGCGAUGGAAGGGAUUCUGCCGAAGUCGCCGUCGGCGUCGAAUAACAUUGUCGAGCAGGUCGCCAGCAAGUCACCGCCGGUCGCGCUUCCGGUCACGCCGAAUCGCCAGGCUGUGACCGCGCCGCUUCCCAAUCCCGCCGCGAGCACCGCGGCCGGUAGGAAGCCGGAGGACGGCAUGCUACCUCAAGAGCUCACUUCCAUGUCGGAACAUGACCUUUUGAGUUACAUCAAUCCCAGUUGUUUCGAACAGCUGCCACAAAGUGGAUUUCUCUUGUAGUACUGCCCGCGUUCCCUCGCGUGAACGAUAUUCUUUCUCUGAAAGCGACAAGCGCAAGUCCGGAGUUCCCUUUGUGUCCCAUAUUUAGUGUCGCGCAUCUACAGCCGUCCAGUUUUUAAAUUUCGCUCAUCGUGCCUCGAGAACGAUACUGCGUCGAGCUUAGAGUCGCGAUUAGCCAAAUGUGGGACAUAAAAAUUCAAAAACGUGUUAACUAUUGAACGUUUUUUCAAUGAUUAUAUUAUAUAUAUAUAUAUCAAUUUUCUUAAUCUUUCGUGUUGUCUGGAUUCGUUACUAUUCAGAAUCAAUCUUUACCCAAAGUCAUCACUGACUCGAUACUGAUGAUUCUGUGCCACAUUCAACACAAUGCGAUGUCACUUUUAUAGAAGAAGAAGCACUUCGUUAACUUUGCGGCUUAGCGCGUGCAGGUUUUAAGAGUUUCAGUAUUUAUACUCUUUGAUUUUUCAUAUGCUACAUAAACAUUAUACCGAUCUAAAUUUUGUUUUUUUUUCUAAAUCUUAUCUUAAACAUCUGUCAACUUUUAAGUUCUGAAUUCUCAUGUUUACUUUUUAAAUUUUAAGGUUUUCAAUUGAUGUUAUUAAGUCGUCAGAUUCUUGAUUUAGAAUUUUGUUUGAUUUCUGAUAUCUGACUUCGCAGUUUUUAGAAUCCGAAUUUGUAAGAUAUCAAAUUUUCUAUUUCUAUUCUCAACAACUCAAAGUUUUCGAACGUGCUUCUGGAUCGUGAUUCGUAGAGGUGAAACGCCGUAACGUUCACAGCAACAUCUCGCUACGAGAACUAUUAACAUUUAAGUAUAAGACGGGCGCACGAGAAGGCGCGACAAUUCAGAUGUUCUUCUCUUUCACUUCUUCUUUCCCCGUGUAUUUUCUAUUUCCCCGGAGUUAUGACGAUUCACUAUUAGUCUUCGACGAUUGUCUCCUCAACUGGGUGCCUUUUCGCAUCGCGAACUAUCUUGAAUUCUAUAUUGAUUUAUCCUGACCUCCUCUUUUACUUAUAGAACUUUAAUUAUGAUUUAAAUUAAGUUAAAUUAAAUUAAGUUAAUUUAAAUUGCAUAAUUAAUCGCGUCACACGCUUCAAAAAUUAAUAUUCAAUAUUAUUUUAGAUGGCGAUGUUUCAAGGUUACUCAAUAGUUAAUUACUCAAUAGUUUAAUAUCAAUUUUAAUAUGAAACUUGGAAAGUCAAUUGAGAAAGACGAUACAAAAUAGAAGCCUACCAAGUUUCUCGAAUCUUGGAAUCUUCUACUUCUUGUUCUUGCAAAAAAAAAAAAAAAUAGAUGGAAAGAAGUGGCGGAAUGAGUGGAAGCGUGUGUGUAAAUGUACGAAUUAUCGAUUGCAUUGUUGUAAUUAUUAUCGAUUUGAUUUCGUUGCGAAAAAAUGGAUCAUCUCGUCGCUGUGGUUUCCACAUGUCUGAAGUAUAUAUUUCGUAUAUAUGUAUAGAAUAUGUAUAUUGUUCGACGAUUAAAGUCUUCUUUUUUGUUU